UACGUCGAAGUAAGUUUUGCUGCCGGAACCUAGUUGCGACGGCGAGCCGGUGGUGAUCGAAGAAGAUGGCGAAGCGCAAGUCGAUGAGCUCCAAGAUGGCUCAGCGGAAGAAGCCGGCGCCGAAGCUUGAGACCUCCUUCUGCUGCCCCUUCUGCAACCACCCCGACAGCGUCGCCUGCACCAUCGACCUCAAGCUCUUGGUCGCCACCGCCGUCUGCUACGUCUGCGAGGAGGCCUACCACACCACGGCGCACUACCUCACCGAGCCCGUUGACGUUUACUACCACGACUGGAUCGACGCCUGCGAGAAGGCCAACCAAGAUGACGAAUGCUUCAAACGACAGCGGCGAGUCAGCAGCGACGACGACGACAGCGAUGCCUGAUCGAUCGUGUCCGGCUACGCUAAACUUGCCUAGUUUGAUGAUGUUCGAUUCGUCUUUGU